UACGGUGCAGGGCAGCGGCUAGUGGCGGAGGAAUGAUUUGCAUUUUCCAAACGCACGGUGUUCCCUAUCCAGCCUUUUGGCUCGCUAAAAAACAGAAUAUUUGAUUUAUUUUCUUCCCUUUUUGUACACAUUUCUGUGUACCACCACAGCUGAAGACCUGGAGUCGAAGAUGAACUGGGGGUCCUUUUAUGCCGUGAUCAGCGGCGUAAACAGGCAUUCCACCGGCAUCGGACGCAUCUGGCUCUCCGUCAUCUUCAUCUUCCGAAUCCUGGUGCUGGUGGUUGCCGCCGAGAGCGUGUGGGGGGAUGAGAAGUCCGGCUUCACCUGCAACACUCAGCAGCCUGGCUGUAACAGCGUCUGCUACGACCAGUUCUUCCCCAUCUCGCACAUCCGGCUGUGGGCUCUUCAGCUCAUCCUGGUCUCAACCCCGGCACUGCUGGUGGCCAUGCAUGUGGCCCACCGGCGACACGUGGACAAGAAAGCCCUGAAAAGGUCAGGGCGAGGUAGCCCUAAAGAGCUGGAGCACAUCAAGAACCAGAAAUUUCAGAUCACAGGAGCUCUUUGGUGGACAUACAUGAUCAGCAUCGUCUUCAGAAUCAUCUUUGAGCUGGCGUUCCUCUACAUCUUCUACUUGAUCUAUCCAACUUUUAAAAUGGUGCGUUUGGUGAAAUGUGACUCAUAUCCGUGCCCCAACACGGUGGACUGCUUUGUCUCCAGACCAACAGAAAAGACAAUAUUCACAGUGUUCAUGCUGGCUGUGUCUGGAGUGUGUGUGCUGCUCAACCUGGCCGAGGUGGUUUACCUCAUAGGAAGGGCCUGCAAACGGUGCAUGAGUCGCCCUGAGGAUGAGUCAAAAGCUGCUUGGAUAACUCAAAAGUUGUCUUCAUACAGACAAAAUGAAAUCAAUCAGCUGAUAGCGGAUCAUUCUCUCAAGUCCAAGUUAACUGUGACCAAAAAGAGCCCGACUGAAAAGGGCGAGAGGUGUUCUGCCUUCUAAAGCUUAUUUAAACUAACGAGUCCUGCCUGUCAAAUAAGUAUCCUCUGCAUUAAUGACACCUAAACUGUGUAUCUGAUUAUUUUACCUGCUAUUUAUAUGUAAUAAAAACAAUUACUUGUU